AUGUCAGUUGGGGAUUCUUCCUGGAAAACCCUGGAAAUGGAGAGCUUGAACACGAGGUUCAGCGCCUGGACACCUUUUAGCAACAAGUCGCUAAAUAGACAGCUCUUUCAGGAAAGAGUUGCUUUGAUAAGUCAUUGGUUUGACCUCUGGACCCACAAACAACGUCAAGAAUUCUUAUUCACAAUUCUUUUACGAUGCACUAAAUCACAAUUAAGGCUUGUCCAAGACUGGUUUUCAGAAAGGACGCAAGUGGCCAGGGUGGACUUCUCGGCUGUGUUACCACGCUUCAUUUCUCUAUAUAUCUUCUCUUUUCUGAACCCCAAAGACCUGUGUGCAGCCGCCCAAGUCAGCUGGCCCUGGAAAUUUUUAAGUGAACAGGAUUGCUUAUGGAUGCCCAAAUGUAUUAAGUUUGGAUGGUUUCUGCCCUAUACACCAACAGACAACGAGUAUGGGGCUUGGAAGCGCCAUUACAUUGCUUGUGUGUCCAACCUAGAUUGGCUAACUCCCAGGGAGGCCACUGCUCUUUAUGGGACACUGAAUGAACCCAAAGCAGAGGACGAGGAGCUUCAGGAGAGACAGAGAGAAAAAUGCCUAAGGAAAAUAAUUUGGGAGAAAAUUGCUCUACACAAGAAGGAGUUAUUCAAAGUUCGACCCCCUUGGGUGACUGGAACAUGCUGCUCCAGAUUGUUAAAAUCCAAAUACCAACCACAUCUCUCCCAGACGGUGAGGGAUCGAGUGGGAUUACAUGAAGCUUUGGAGAAACAGCUUGUUUUGGCAUCAAUAGAAGCUUUGCCCAAACAAAGCAAUGUUUCUGGAAGUCAUCCUUACCCUUUAUUAUCAAAAAAGAAAACCUGGCAUGGAGUUUCUCGAAAUGAUGACAGCUCUUCCUCUGCUUCCCAGCUACACGUCAUCAUCAUAUCAUCUCGGAUUCCCGCGUAUGAGAUGGUGCUGGACAGCCUGAAGGCAGGUCUCAUUUCUGUGGUCUGUGAACAUGGCGGCAUGACCUUGGAGAGCCUUCUCUACCUCCUAGGGAAAGCCCUGCAGGGGCGGAAGGCACAGAGCAUAGGAAUCCUGAGUGAUGGAGAUAGCAGAGAAAUCAAUUUACUUCAAGGCUAUAAAAUUGGUAUUAAAAAUUUACUGAGGCCUGAAGUGAGAGACUUCUGGGAGAAAUUAGGCAGCCUUGUAGCCACCAAAGAAGAAGGGGGUCAUGUGGACUUAUUUGUGCCUCUUGGAGCAUCAGAGGCAGGCAUAGAAGUGCUCUCUCAGCUGUCUCAACUAACUGGCACAUUCUUUACUGCCCCCACUGGGAUUGCAACUGGCUCUUACCAACACAUUCUUAGUGAGUGGCUGGGACCUCAGCAGGCUGGGCCUCCUCCUUCCAUCUACUUCAAUGAAGCCAAGCUACAGAUGUGGUCCAACCUCACAGACUUCCUGGAAGAUGCCUUGAAAUCAGUGAGGAGAGAGUUAAGACCUCUCUUCAAGGAGCUGCAGAAGGGCAUCAGUGGCAGGAUGAUAGGGCAAUUUAUGUUUGACUCCAUGAGUAUGACAAGCAUUCUGAAUAACCAAGACAUUGCACAAGCUCUGGCAGAUGGUCUGAUGGAGCUGUCAAAAGAAAAUUCUGAAAGAAACAUUAUAGAAGACAACUCUCAGGACACAGAAUCARGUCUCAACAAAAGUGAUCUGGAUUUUGAGGUGCUCCUUAAGCUGGAGAGAAAGCUGCAGAGAGACUCAGCAGAUAAGCGAACUAGUGCUGCCAGGGAACUCUUACAGAGYGAGAGAAAGUAUGUGCAGAUGCUGGAAAUUGUGCGGGAUGUUUAUGUGAGACCACUGAGAGCAGCACUGGCAUCAAACAGAGCGAUUCUGAGUGCUGCAAACAUACAGAUAAUUUUCUCUGAUAUUCUGCAGAUUUUAAAUCUCAACAGGCAGUUUCUAGAUAACCUAAGAGACAGACUACAGGAAUGGAGCUCAGCCCACUGUGUGGGGGAAAUAUUCAUAAAGUUUGGAGGCCAGUUGAACACAUACACCAAUUUCUUCAAUAAUUACCCUGUUGUUCUGAAAACCAUCRAGAAGUGCAGAGAAAUGACACCAGCAUUCCGAGCUUUCCUGAAGAGGCAUGAUAAGAGCACUGUUACUAAAAUGCUGAGCCUGCAGGAGCUGCUUUUGUUCCCAUCUCGGAGAUUUGACGAAUACRUGAAUCUUCUCUAUGCUCUGAGGCUUCAUACUGCUGCGGAACACGUUGACCGUGGGGACCUGACUACUGCAAUUGGCCAAAUCAAAAAAUACAAAGGUUAUAUAGAUCAGAUGAAAGAAAACAUCAGAAUGAAGGAGCAGCUGUCAGACAUACAGAGAAUCAUCUGGGGGUGCCCUACUCUAUUUGAAAUAAACAGAUACCUGAUUAGGGUCCAAGAUGUAGUCCAACUCCACUGCUGUGAUGAGGAGAUAAGUUUCUCUUUAAGGCUCUAUGAACAAAUUCGUGAUCUCAGCUUCUUCCUCUUSAAUGAUGCACUGCUUGUUUCUAGCCGGGGCAUAUCUCACACUCCAUUUGAAAGGACUUCAAAAACAACCUACCAGUUCAUUGCAUCAGUGGCCCUUCACAGGUUACUGAUAGAAGAUAUUCCAGAUUCCAAGUAUGUCAAGAAUGCAUUUAUUCUUCAAGGUCCAAAAUGUGAAUGGAUUUGUGCUACUGAGGUGGAGGAUGACAAAUUCCUAUGGUUGUCAGUACUCCAAAAUGCGAUCAAAAGCAGUAUGGACAAGUGA